CCAGUGUAUUACGUCAUCGCGUAACAUUGUAGUUUCAUGCUUACUUUGACGCACGGUCCGACAAAAUGGCUUCAGUUCCACGGUCGUUUUUGUUACUGUCAAUUAUUCCCACAAUACUUAUAUUGUGUGCUGAUUUUGCGUGUUGCAACACUGGCAGAAAGACUGGUGAUGGGCUGGACACAGACUUCAGUGGAUUCUCUGUCCCUCUUGAGCAUUCCUUUGAAGUUGAUGAUGUGUCUCGGUUCCGUAUGCGUGGAGCUCUGCAGUUAAGGGGUGGGAGGGAGACCAGUGUGUCCCUCUCCCAGAGCCAGCUAUCAGAGGAGGACAGGAACACUCUGAAGGAAGCGGCUGCUGUGGAUGGUCUGUACAAAAUCCGAGUGCCCAGAGUGUCUUUGACAGACAGGCAGACAGAGCGCCAGAUGGAUGGCUACCUGACGGCAUUCGUCAGAGCGUGCUCUUUAGUUGAGUCCCACCUCAGCGAUGUCAUCACCCUCCACACGGAUGUCUCAGGCUACCUCAUCGGCGUUUCCAUAGUGACCAUUCCAGGCGCGUGUCGGGGGACAGAGGUGGAGGACGAAGUUGAUCUGGAGGCCUUUAACACUACGCUGACCAUCAUACCGCCUACCAAUGCACCCCAGCCGGAGACUGCUCUGUUUAUUGAGCGCAUGGACAUAGAACAUGAAAAGAGAGGCAAGCCACAGGAGCAGAAAUCCUUCUUUGCCAAAUAUUGGUAUUUGAUUCUGGGAGGUGCAAUCUUCCUCAUGGCCAGCAGUUCGGCACAACCCUCAGCAGGGGGAGCCGACGAGCAGCAGAGCUGAUUCCCACUCAAUGGAUGUACAUUGUUCCCCUCGUUCUCUUCCUGAUGAUGUCAGGAGCUCAGGAUCAGUCCGGGGGUGGAGCAGCUAAUGGAGGAGGCCGAUGAUCGCCAUGCCAACAUGAUUUAUGUGGAGCAGUUUCUUCUACUUGUAAAUAAUUAUGUAGAGAAAUGCACACCAUUCAACACACUGUUACACAUAAACUAAUAUGGACAGAUGAGCUAACCUUGAGAACGUAUGUCAUGAACUUCAUUUUUAAUGUUGAAUUGAUGGGAAAAAAUAAAAUAUUUAUUACUACCUGAUAA